AAGCUACCAUCCAGUUCCAAUGGCCAAACCAGGAGGUGUCUAAUGACUUCCAGGCCAGGGCUGUCUAUGUGAUGAGGACAUCUUAGAAGAGGCAACAUAUAAUUUUGGGUUGGGAAGAGAUUCACACAGAACAUGGAGUUAUGCCAAAGAGGGUGGCAUGGAUGAAAGACUGGAGCCGAUUAAACAAGAGGACCAUGAAUGGGGUGCACCAGAAUUUUUACGUGUGAGGUGGAGGAUUAUGAAAGAAGAAUUUCAGAUUUUAAAGAGGAGGAGUGCAAGGAGAUUAUUAAUAAAAUGAAAGUUGAGGAUUCAGAAAAUUUGUCAGGUGAUCUUGAACUGCAAAAGCAUGAAACUGGGAAUAUUUCUAAGGAAGAUAUCUGUGAAGAAUCUCAUUGCAGUUCACAGCCUUCAUUCACUAAUGUGGGACAACUGACCACCCAUCAGAAUUCUGUGGGACUAAAAUCUGAGCUAAUUGAGUUUGAAGAAAAAAUCAGGGAAGGAAGUGGGAGAGAAGCAGAUGAAUGGAAUUCAUCUAUGAGUGUGGGAAGAAAUUUAUGUGUGAAUGUCAGCUUCUCGCCAUCAUUAUCUGUGCAACCCACUCUUCAAUGCAAACUGGAAAAGAAACGGGACAAAAGGAACAUGAAGAAAUCAACAAGAGGAUCAGAGAAUUUGACAUUAUCCUCUUUCCAUUGUAGUUCUCUUUCUUUGAAAGAAGCUGUCAAAACUGACAAAGAUCAAGGACAUGACACAGAUUCAGAGGCUUUGCGUACUGGUCAAGAAUGUGGAGAAAUGUUUAAAAACAAGACCGACUGUAAAGAUAACAAAUCAGUUCAUUCAAAAGCAAAGCCAUUUUGCUGUUCGGAAUGUGGCAAAAGAUUUUUCCGGAGAAAUGAUCUUCAGUGUCACACAAGAAUUCAUACUGGAGAAAAGCCAUAUAGCUGUGCUGAAUGUGGCAAAAGAUUUAGCCAGAGUAGCAAUCUUAAUAGUCACUCAAGAAUACACACUGGAGAAAAACCAUAUUGCUGUUCUGAAUGUGGCAAAAGAUUUAUCCGGAGUAGUGAUCAUCAGGUACACAUAAGAAUUCAUACUGGAGAAAAGCCAUAUUGCUGUUCUGAAUGUGGCAAAAAAUUUUGCCAGAUUAGCAGUCUACAGAGUCACAUGAGAAUUCAUACUGGAGAAAAGCCCUUUUGCUGUUCUGAAUGCGGCAAAGGAUUUAGCCAGAGUAACGAUCUUCAGAGUCACAUGAGAAUUCAUACUGGAGACAGGCCACAUUGCUGUUCUGAAUGUGGCAAAGGAUUUAUCCGGAGUAGCGAUCUUCAGAGUCACUCAAGAAUUCAUACCGGAGAAAGGCCAUAUUGCUGUGCUGAAUGUGGCAAAGGUUUUAGGCGGAGUAGCCAUCUUCAUAGUCACACAAGAAUUCAUACUAGAGAAAGACCAUAUUGCUGUUCUGAAUGUGACAAAAGAUUUAGCCAGAUUAGCCAUCUUAAGAGUCACACAAGAAUUCAUACUGGAGAAAAGCCAUAUUGCUGUUCAGAAUGUGGCAAAAGAUUUAGCCAGAGUAACGAUCUUCAGAGUCACACGAGAAUUCAUACUGGGGAAAGGCCAUAUUGCUGUUCUGAAUGUGGCAAAGGAUUUAUCCGGAGUAGUGAUCUUCAGAGUCACUCAAGAAUUCAUACUGGAGAAAAGCCGUAUUAUUGUUCUGAAUGUGGCAAAAGAUUUCGCCAGAUUAGCAAUCUUCAGAGUCACACAAGAAUUCAUACUGGAGAAAAGGCCCUGAAGGAGUAUGUUAGAGAGGUGAAGGUGAAAAAGCAGAAUGAAGAAAAGCCGGAGAAAGAAGUGAAAAAGUGACCUUUCUAAUUGCUUAAGUCUUGAUGAUUACCUUCAUGUUGGUGGACUUUGUUUUAAAAGGUGUAUACCAAAACUCAUCAAGGCAAAACUACUAUUAUAGUAUGAAAAAGAACCCAAAAAAUAACUCAUACUGACCACUCGUCUCACAGGAUAAAAAGGUCCCCAGCACCUGCCUCUGAAGUAGGGUAGGUGAUGGUGCUGCCGAUAGUGCAAAAUCCUCAGGGGAAGAAAAGAAGAUUUGCAAUGUGGUGUCAGUCCAGAUGGACAUUGUUGCUGGCCCCACAGGGGAACGGAAAAGACCUCAAAAAUGCAGCUUGAGCAAGAAAUGAAGAGGAUUUGACACAGUUCAGUGGUCACUUGAAGAUAGAGGAGAUCAUGUACUGCUACUUUUAUGCAACAAGUCUUGAAUUUCUGACUAAAGGAUAGCUCGGAUAAAACUGGAAUCCCGGAAGGCAGUAUCAAUUUCCAAACUAAAUAAGAUAACUGAUGCAAAUCUGAGAUCACUAAUCACGACAAUUAAAGAGAGCAAGUAAACUAAGAGAAAUUACAAUGCUUACAAAGAGCAGCAAAAUAAGUAAUACAAUAACAAAGGCAAGACCCAGGGGGCAUGAGAAUAGAAUUGACAAAGACCUGGAAUAAAGAGAAGAGGUGCGAUCUUGUAUGGUGUGGCAUCUAUUCAAACAUAAAAGUAUCAGCAACCAAACCUAGAAAUAAA